AUGAGAAACAAACCGGGAUUAUUACCUAAAUGGCUAUUUAUCUACACGAUGGCAAAAACUGCAUACAUCCUAGUCGCCCACAAGGACUAUCUCAAUAUCAUUAGUCCCUGGAAUCCGGGCUCAGCCUAUACUUAUCUUGCAUUUCUACUAGGAAUAUCAAGGCUCCUGGCAUCUAGAAAUGCAACCAAGAUAGGGUUCUAUUCUGCAAUAGCCGGAUCGUUCCUGGCAGAAGGUGUGUUCUUUAUCUAUUCAGGCUUCCAAGGUGUGUAUCCCAUUCAGAGGGUGAUUGUAGAAACGUUUCUUGCUCUGUUUACUGUUGGAUGGAUGAUAUUUCUGUAUCCAUACUAUCUUUUGGAGGAUAGUGAAUCUCGGGAAAAGCUGAAAGACAAAUCUGCAAAGCACCAAUAG